AUGUUCUCCAUCGCAUCCACAGCCGAUCCCACCGCACUCGAUGACGGCUCGUACCUCUUCGACCAAACUCACGAUGAUCUCCUAUCGAUGCCAAUGUCCAAUGAUAGCAUACAUCUGAAAGGCGGUAUCGCACCUAUACCUGGGUUUAGUAACUUGGACUACGGCAGGGAAUCGAGUGCGUCGUCCGUGCACUACGGCGAUUCACACGAUACACCGGAACUGGGUACGAGUCACGAGGGGGAAGAGUCUACUCCAGGCGCUUUCGUUAAUGGAUAUGGGAUCAACUACACUCCUUCGCCACUGCAAAAACCAUUCACACCAAACUCAGCCAUCAACGGCAUGACUAAUAUGCAGAACAAACAAAUUCCGCAUCUAAACGACGGCAGUUCGCAUACGACUGUCAACGGAAAUGACGCGAAAUCCCAUUUAUCAUUAAAGAAUCCUCGAGUGGAUACUGCAUUCAUGGCUAGAACACCACAGAGCCUGAGUCGCGCAUCACAAUUAUCUUCAACUCCUGAGCUUCCACAGUCGCACGAGCAACAGAAGAAGCAUCGGAGAACAAACUCACUUCCGGUAAAAGGAAAGGUCAAUGAGAUGAAGGCGAAUUCAAGCAUACCUGCAGAGCUCUCGUGGCCGGAGUUUGGCCGACAGUGCAUUCUAGCAGCGGAGAACAGCCGGCUGAACCCGUUCACCCUGCAUCCUGCUGAGUACGAGCUGUUACGAGAUCACGUCACUCACGCCCAAGUCACCAUCUACCUGAACAUCAGGAACGCGAUACUCCGGUUAUGGCAUCGUAAUCCUCUGGUGUACGUUUCUCUCGAAGAAGCUGCAGGAUGUGCUCGCGACAAGCGUUACUUCGGUCUAGCGAGGGUAGCAUAUCUAUGGCUCAUGCGGAACGGGUACAUCAACUUCGGAUGCGCCGAAGUGCCUGACACUACCGGUACACUCCCGAAAUCAAAAGCCAAAGUCGCACGGAGACGCUCAAUCAUUGUGGUUGGUGCGGGUAUGUCAGGGUUAGGAUGCGCUCGCCAUCUGGAAGGAUUGUUCGCCCAGCUUGGUGACCAGUUAACAGAAGCGGGAGAACUCCCACCAAAGAUCACUAUACUUGAAGCUCGUCCGCGUGUUGGUGGCCGGGUUUACUCGCAUCCCUUUCUCAAUCAGUUUAGCUCUACGCUCCCACCUGGACAUCGUUGUACGGCUGAGAUGGGCGCUCAAAUCGUUACCGGAUUCGAGCACGGCAACCCGUUGAACGCGAUCAUCCGAGGUCAACUCGGUAUACCUUACCAUGGCCUUCGCGAUAAUACCAUACUUUAUGACUAUGACGGGACGGUGGUGGAGAGGGGUCAAGACAUUCUCGUGGAGAAGCUGUAUAAUGAUGUCUUGGAACGGGCGGCAGUAUACCGGAAUAAACCAGCAGCUCACAGGACGGUGGAAGGUGACCGUAACAUGAUGGCCUUUGGCCGCGAGCCAGCCGAUGUUGAUGGGCCCACCGUUGCCGAGCUAGAACAUUCCGAUGCCCCUUUGUCCGCGAAUGCUACGAGCACAGCGUCAACGAAGCAAGAAAAACCAACAACGGGGGUAGAGAAGCUAGCAGGUAGAGCGUAUCAACUCAGCGCGGGCUUCAACCCGGACAUCACGGCAGCCGAAACGGUCCAAAGUAUGGGUUGGGAGCUCAAGACAGGUGCAUCGAAGACGCAGUCUUUAGAUCUCGACACGAUCGCCAAAGCAUCUGAGUACCCCACACUUGGACAGACAAUGGACGAAGGUCUCCUGCAAUACCAGUCACUGGUCGAUCUCAAGCCUAGAGAUAUGCGUCUGUUAAGUUGGCAUCAUGCUAAUCUUGAGUACGCGAAUGCUGUAAGUGUCAAUCAGCUCAGUCUGAGCGGCUGGGAUCAGGACAUUGGCAACGAAUUCGAGGGUGAACAUAGUGAGGUGAUAGGAGGCUAUCAACAGGUCCCGCGCGGUCUAUGGCAGUGUCCCAGUCAGUUGGACGUCCGUUUCAGCACCCCCAUCAAAGCUGUCCAUUAUAAUACCGAUGAGCAGCAUAAGGGCAAAGCUGUCAGGAUCGAGUGCGCAAACGGCGAAGUCCAUGAAGCCGACCAGGUUGUUCUGACAACCCCUCUGGGGGUGCUAAAAUCCGGAUCGAUCAAGUUCGAACCUCCUCUUCCUGACUGGAAGCAGGACGUUAUCGAGCGAAUGGGAUUUGGUCUCCUUAACAAGAUUAUUCUUGUGUACGAAAAAGCCUUCUGGGAGCCAGACCGAGACAUGUUCGGCCUGCUCAAUAAAGCAGAAGACGAAGCCAGCAUGCGACUAGAAGACUACUCUACAAAACGAGGACGGUUCUAUCUCUUUUGGAACUGUAUAAAGACGAGCGGAAAGCCAGUGCUGAUAGCGCUGAUGGCAGGCGACGCUGCUCACUACGCGGAGGCGACGUCGAAUGAUCAGCUCGUAAAAGAGGUCACGGAUCGACUCGAUGCGAUGUUCGCGCCGAACCACGUCCCCCUACCGUCGGAAGCGAUCGUGACGCGGUGGAAGAGAGACCCAUUCGCUCGAGGCAGCUACUCAUACGUUGGGCCAAAGACACAAGCAGGUGACUACGAUGUCAUGGCGCGACCACACGGUCCAGUGCACUUUGCAGGUGAAGCGACUUGUGGCACACAUCCUGCAACAGUGCAUGGCGCAUAUCUGUCAGGCCUUCGGGUCGCUGCGGAGGUUGCUGAGACAAUUCUCGGGCCUAUCAAGGUACCUAGUCCGCUUGUUGAGAAAAAGGUGAUCAAGGUGGAACAAUCUCCAACGACACCCAGUGUUGAGACGAAACGCCGAUUCGAGCCUGCUGUUCCAGCGUCAACGUCAAGAGACAACAAAUCUGGGCGGAUACAACGCGACGAAGACUACGAAGCUGCUAUCAUAGGGGCUAUUCUGGAUCGAAUUGGCGAGCGUCCGAUCAGGCCAGGACGUACAGGUGUCAAUCCAUUCCUGCUGUUCACCAAAGAUUUCUGGUACAUAUGCAAGCAGGAGUGCGACGAUGCUCACAAAGCGAGGACGGGCAACCCCGAGGCCAAAGCACCGAAACAGGAGAUCCGUAAUGCUGUCGGCUUGAGAUGGCGUACAGCAGAGCAGGAAGUCAAACAGCCGUACCUCGACCAAGCCAGCACAGCACGAGACGAUGCGACGGCGAGCACAGCAAACUUCAAAGAACGCGUAGAGACGUGGGAUAAGGAAGCUGCACGCAUACGGCGCGAGUAUAUCCAGGCCAACCCGCCAGAAGGCGGCAACGAAGAACUCAUCCUCAACAGUCGCACGGCCAUUGAGCUGGGGGCUGGCAAGCGACUGCGGAGACUCUGA